CACAACCUGCGCUGGAUGCUCACGUUCGUGCUGAUCUUUGUGCUGGUGUGUGAGAUCGCGGAGGGAAUCGUGUCAGAUGGGUUCAGUCAGUCUCGCCACCUGCAUCUGUAUAUGACGCCAGGUCUGGCCUUACUGGCAGCCAUCACAUCCAUCAUCUACUAUCACAACAUCGAAACGUCCAACUUCCCCAAGCUCCUCUUCGCCUUGCUCAUGUACUGGAUGCUGGCGUUCAUCACUAAGACCAUCAAGUUUGCUAAGUACGACGGGCACGGCGUGGGCCUGGGGCAGCUGCGCUUCUGCAUCACCGGGCUGCUGGCGCUCGUCUACGGGCUGCUGCUGGCCGUGGAGGUCAACGUGGUCCUGGGCAGGCGGUAUCUGUGCUUCACCCAGCCCCCGGAGGUGAAGCCCCCAGAUGACCUGCAGGACCUGGGCGUGCGCUACCUGCAGCCCUUCGUGAACCUGCUGUCCAAGAGCACCUACUGGUGGAUGAACAAGUUCAUCACCUCGGCACCCAAGCGCCCCAUCGACCUGAAGAUUCUAGGAAAGCUGCCCAUCGCCAUGCGCGCCAUCACCAACUACCAGCGGCUCCGCAAGGCGAUCGAAGCGCAAAAGAAAGAGGGCGCUACUCUGCCCCGUGGGCCCCAGUGGAUCUGGAGGGCCAUGCAGCUGGCUUUCGGGAGGUCCCUGCUCCUCAGCAUCACCUUCCGCUUCAUGGCCGACCUGCUGGGCUUCGCCGGACCCCUGUGCAUCUCGGGCAUCGUCCACCACAUCAGCCGAGAGAACCACACCAUCCCGCAUCCCGUCAAACUGCUGGGGGUCCACUUCAUCUCCUCCCAGGCGUUCCUGGCCAACGCGUACGUCUUGGCCGUGCUGCUGUUCCUCGCCCUGAUACUGCAGAGAACCUUCCUGCAGGCGUCCUACUAUGUUGCUAUUGAAACUGGAAUUAAACUUAGAGGGGCCAUGCAGGCAAAAAUCUACACCAAGAUAAUGCGUCUCUGCACGUCCAACUUGUCCAUGGGAGACAUGACUUUGGCACAGAUCAGUAACUUGGUUGCUAUAGACUCCAACCAGCUGAUGUGGUUCUUUUUCCUCUGCCCCAAUCUGUGUGCCAUGCCAGUUCAAGUGGUCAUUGGUGUGUUCCUGCUGUACUACCUCCUGGGGGUCAGUGCGCUGAUAGGAGCCACGGUCAUCAUGCUACUGGCCCCUGUGCAGUACCUGCUGGCCACCCAGCUCUCUCACGCGCAGAAGAGCACCUUUGAGUACACCAGCGAGCGGCUGAAGAGGACCAAUGAGCUGCUGCGUGGGAUCAAGCUGCUGAAGCUGUACGCGUGGGAGCACAUCUUCAGGAAGGGCAUCGAGGAGAUGCGCGCCAAGGAGCUUACCAGCCUCAGGCACUUCGCCCUCUACACCUCAGUGUCCAUUUUCCUGAAUGCAGCUAUUCCAAUUGUUGCAGUUCUCACUACAUUUUUGGUCCACGUCUACAUCUCGGCCAACAACGAGCUGUCUCCUGACGUGGCGUUUGCGUCCCUGUCCCUCUUCCACAUCCUGGUCACGCCCCUCUUCCUGUUGUCCAGUGUCUUGCGCUCUACAGUCAAAGCCCUGGUCAGUGUUCAGAAACUCAGUGAGUUCUUCUGUGGUGAAGAGAUUGAAACAGAGCCAGAGCCAAAACCCACCACUCCAACCAAAUCCAGCCAAAGUACCAGUGGCCAAAACAACAUCAAGUCAGUAGCCAAAAACCUGCUGAACCGCAAGCGCACCGCCAAGAAAGAUCAGAACAGCGCCCCGGCCAAGAAGAGCCCAGAGGAGGAGGCGCCCGUUGACCACGAUUACAAUGUCUGCAUUAAGAUCAUAAAUGGCUAUUUUACCUGGACACAGGGGACCCCCACCUUGUCCAACAUUGACAUCAGGGUCCCUUUUGGUCAGUUGACAGUGGUGGUGGGGCAGGUGGGCUGUGGGAAGUCCUCUCUGCUACUGGCUGCCCUGGGAGAGAUGCAGAUGGUCUCAGGUAGUGUCUCAUGGAACAGUCCACGCAAACAGGAGGACAGCGAGGAGAGCACUGAAAACCAUACAGCAGGGGGGAAACCGCCAAAGAAGAGAGGCCCGGUGGCCUUUGCGUCUCAGAGACCCUGGCUGCUCAACAGCACGGUGGAGGAGAACAUCCUGUUUGACACGGCCCCUAACCAGACAAGGUACAGAGAUGUAGUUGACGCGUGUUCCCUGCAGCCAGACUUUGACUCCCUGCCCCAAGGAGACCAAACAGUGAUUGGAGAGCGGGGCAUCAUUCUGUCUGGUGGGCAGCGCCAACGCAUCAGCGUGGCCCGGGCACUAUACCAGCAGACCAGCGUGGUGUUCCUGGACGACCCUUUCUCCUCGCUGGACAUCCACCUGAGUGACCACAUGAUGCGGCAGGGCAUCCUGAGGAUGCUGAGGGGGGAGAAGAGGACCGUGGUGCUGGUCACCCACAAGCUCCACUAUCUGCCCCAUGCUGACUGGAUCAUUGCAAUGAAGGAUGGGACAGUGCAGACCCAGGGCACCCUGCGGGACAUCCAGUACUCAGAGCCAGACCUGUAUGAGCAGUGGAGAGCACUCAUGUACAGAGAGGUACGCGCCGCACCCAGAGAGGCUGGGAAGGAGAGUACCAGUGAGAUGAGGAAGAAGAGCUUCCGCAGGAACAUGUACUCAAGAGACAUACACACCAGAGACGAGGAGGAAGACGAUGAAGAGUCCACGACGGACGAGGACAGCCUGGCGGCGGAGCUGCGUCACCGGGAGACCAUCCCGUGGCGCUCGUUCAGCGCGUACCUGCGGGCGUCCGGCCUGCUGCUGCUGCUGCUCUUCGUGCUCUCGCAGCUGACCAAGCACUCGCUCAUGGUGGCCAUCGACUACUGGCUGGCCCACUGGACGUCCAGCGUCAUCGUGGCCAAGAUCGCCGCCGCCGAGGGCAACUGCACGUCCGAGCAGGCGUGCGUGUUCUCCCACUCGCCCUACCUGCUGGUGUUCUGCGUCCUCUGCUGUCUGGGCAUCGUCCUCUGUCUGGUCACCUCGGUGGCCGUCGAGUGGACAGGGCUGCGCGCUGCCACCGAGUUGCAUGGCAACCUGCUGAAGAUCAUCAUUCUGGCCCCCAUGAGGCUUUUUGAGACGACUCCCCUGGGUAACAUAUUAAACAGGUUCUCCGCUGAUACCAACACUAUUGACCAGCACAUCCCGACCACCCUGGAGUGUCUGAGCCGCUCGACGCUGCUCUGCGUGUCUGCGUUCGGCGUCAUCGCCUACAUCACGCCGGUCUUCCUCAUCACUCUCGCCCCCCUAGGCAUCAUCUGUUACUUCAUACAGAAGUACUUCCGGGUCGCCUCCAGGGAUCUUCAGCAGCUGGAGGACAGCACCCAGACCCCUCUGCUCUCCCACUACAGUGAGACUGUGGAGGGACUCACCACCAUCCGUGCCUACAGGUAUGAACAAAGAUUCAAGAAGAAACUCCUGGAAUAUGCAGAUGCAAACAACAUCGCCUCCCUCUUCCUGACCACAGCCAAUCGCUGGCUAGAAGUUCGCAUGGAAUAUAUUGGGGCUUUCGUUGUUCUGAUUGCUGCGGUAGCAUCCAUCAAUAACUCCCUAUAUAGCCAGCUCUCAGCAGGUCAAGUUGGGCUAGCGCUGACCUAUGCACUCAUGGUGUCCAAUUACCUGAACUGGAUGGUGCGUAACUUGGCAGACAUGGAGGUGCAGCUGGGCUGUGUGAAGAGGAUCAACAGUCUGCUGCAGACUGACCCUGAGCCCAACCAGGGACUCAUGACGCCAGCACAGGUACCGGCCAAGUGGCCGCAGUACGGUGAGAUCAACAUCGAGAACCUGAGUGUGCGUUAUGCCAUUGGACUAAAGCCAGCCCUGAAGCAUGUCAACGCUCACAUCCGACCUGGUCAGAAGGUUGGGAUCUGUGGCAGAACAGGCAGUGGAAAGUCCUCGUUCUCCCUGGCUCUGUUCAGAAUGGUGGACACGUUUGAAGGACAAAUUGUAGUAGAUGGGAUCGACAUCGCUAAGCUCCCACUCCAGACUUUAAGGUCACGCUUUUCAAUCAUUCUGCAGGAUCCUUUCAUGUUCAGCGGGACCAUUCGGUUUAAUUUAGACCCUGAGCGGAAGGCCUCAGACAGGACGUUGUGGGAGGCUCUGGAGAUAGCCCAGCUCAUGCCAGUGGUCAAGGCUCUGCCUGGUGGCCUUGAUUCGGUGGUAACAGAAGGGGGAGAAAACUUUAGCCAAGGUCAGCGUCAGCUGUUCUGUCUCGCAAGAGCAUUUGUGCGAAAGAGCAGCAUCUUGAUCAUGGACGAGGCCACUGCUUCAAUAGACAUGGCCACGGAAAGCAUUCUGCAAAAAGUUGUCAUGACAGCCUUUGCCGACAGGACUGUCGUCACCAUAGCGCAUCGCGUCACUACCAUACUGAAUUCUGAUGUGGUGAUUGUGAUGAAGCGCGGAGUCAUUGUGGAAUAUGACGAGCCAGGAGUACUUUUGGAACAAUCAGACAGUGUGUUUGCAUCUUUUGUAAGAGCUGACAAAUGAUGGAUUGACUGAGAAGAGAGCUUUUUUAAGAUAACAUGUGUUUGUAUAUUUGUUGAUAAUUUGUAUA